AUGUCACCUCUUAACACAUCUGAAGCCCAGAUAUCCACCUUCCAACUAAUUGGGAUCCCAGGGCUGGAGCAAGUCCACAUCUGGAUAUCCAUUCCCAUCUGCCUCAUAUAUAUUAUUGCCACUGUUGGAAAUUGUACCAUCCUUGUUCUAAUCAAAACAGAGCCCUCACUCCAUGAGCCUAUGUACUAUUUUCUCUCUAUGCUGGCCUUUUCUGAUCUUGGGCUGUCCCUCUCUUCCUUGCCUACUAUGUUGAGAAUUUUUUUAUUCAAUGCUGCAAAAAUCUCCAUUGAUGCCUGUAUUGUCCAAGAGUUCUUCUUCCAUGCCUUCACUGCCAUGGAAUCUUCAGUGCUGCUCAUAAUGUCCCUUGACCGUUUCAUAGCCAUCCAUAAGCCCCUAAGAUACAGCUCUAUCCUUACCAUUAAUAGAAUCAUCAAAAUUGGUUUGAUCUUUGCCAUCAGAUGUCUUAUGCUCAUACUCCCAUUUCCUAUCACACUGAAUAGACUGAAGUAUUGUAAUAGAAACCUCCUCUCCCAUUCCUAUUGUCUCCACCAGGAUGUUAUGAGACUGGCCUGCUCUGAUAACAGUGUCAAUGUCAUCUAUGGGUUUUUUGUUGCUCUAGUAGGCAUGCUGGACUUAGCAAUGAUUUCAAUGUCUUACAUACUGAUCCUAAAGACAGUUUUGGGCAUUGCAUCUCAUCAAGAGCGAUUAAAGGCCCUCAACACCUGUAUUUCCCAUAUUUGUGCUGUACUCAUUUUCUAUGUGCCCAUUGUCACCCUGGCCAUCAUCCACCGCUUUGCCAAUCAUGGCUCCCCAUUUAUCAGGAUACUGAUUGCUGAUAUCUAUGUUUUGAUUCCUCCAUUGAUGAACCCUAUUGUAUACUGUGUGAAAACUCAUCAAAUCCGAGAGAAGAUCAUGGGGAAACUGUGUCUGAAGAAGGACUGA